CAGGCCAAGGAUGAUCUCACCGGCGCCUCCAUCUGCAGGAAAUGCAUUGCCCCCAAGCCGGCUCGCACCCACCACUGCAGCAUCUGCAACAGGUGUGUGCUGAAGAUGGACCACCACUGCCCCUGGCUAAACAACUGCGUGGGACACUACAACCACCGCUACUUCUUCUCCUUCUGCCUGUUCAUGACCAUGGGCUGCAUCUACUGCAGCAUCAGCGGCUGGGAGAUGUUUCGGGACGCCUACGCUGCCAUUGAGAGAAUGAAACUGCUUGAGAAGGAGAGACUGCAGGUGGCUGCCAACCAGACGUACUACCAGACCCCACCGCCCACCUUCUCGUUCCGCCAGCGAGCUUUCCACAAGAGCGUGGUCUACCUCUGGGUGCUGUGCAGCUCGGUUGCAUUGGCCUUGGGCGCCCUCACGCUGUGGCACGCUGCCCUCAUUACCCGUGGGGAGACCAGCAUUGAGCGGCACAUCAACAAAAAGGAGAGGCAGAGGCUGCAGAAGAAAGGCAAGGUCUUCAGGAACCCCUACAGUUACGGCAGCUGGGAUAACUGGAAGGUGUUCCUGGGCGUGGACGUGCCAAGGCACUGGCUCACGCGUGUCCUGCUGCCCUCUCCCCACCUGCCCCACGGGACAGGCCUGAGCUGGGACCUGCCUCCCUGUGUGACCCAGCAGCGUGCGCCGCUCCUGGCCAUCUGA